GACCGCCUCUGGAUCCUGACCGUCUUGGUCUACAUAACUAUGACCCACAUAUGACCCACAUACGAGCCUCACCCUUUACUUCAGGCUUUGAUCUACCUUCCAAUCGACUUUCUCCCACUCCCACACCCACAGCACCAAUCCAACGCAGCUCCGAUGACAUCCUCCAUGCCCUGGUUCCGCAAGGGCGCCGAUCCUGGAACUAUCAUCAUCCUUGAUAAACCCUUCCCUUGCGCAUGGAAAAUCCUUGAGAAGCUGAAUGAGUAUGACCAUCAGGUAUGACCACUCUCGUCCAUUACAGGAUCCUCAAGAAUCUGGACGAGCGUAACUCUCAGGCCACUGUGGAGCAAAAUAAGGCAUAUGGCUUCCGUUCUUUCGCAUCGGCUAAAUUUUUAUGUUGUGAUCCUCAACGACGUUCCGCACAAGCUCUUAUGCGAGUCUACAUUCAAAUUCCCCAUCGAACAACUGAAAUGGAUGACAAGGAUACCAGAGGCCAACAGGCCACCGCAUGGACCCCGCAAGAAUUAGCCGCUCUGCUCGAUCUAACUGAAAAGCGCUCAAAUAUCACACCAAAGCUCCUCGGACACAAGACUGGUACUCAGGAUCCCUCAGGGCUAGUUCCAGGUGGCUUCAUCAUAUGGCUUGUUUGGGAAAUUGUUCCGGGACUACGCCUUGGUGAUAGAGACGGCGCCGGUCCAUUUUGGGGUCUUGAAAGCAAUGAAAGAGAGCAAAUCCGUAUAUCCUUUCUGAAGGCUCUUGACAGGAUCAAGGAGUAUGGAUGGUACCCGAGCUUGGGCAGAGCAAGAAAUCUAGUUUGGCACCGAGAGACUCAAAAACUCUACUUUAUCGGUCACUUCAGCAAGACCAUGAAGGGCAAACCUAUACGUUCGGCUGAGCCUGCCGAGCUGAUCGCGACCUUUGAGCUUGCUUUACCGGACACUCCAGUCAGAUGGAAAGACUGGGAUAAGGAUACUUCACGCUGGAAAUGGUAGCUAAGGAGGAAACAGAAUUUUGCGUUUAGUCUCACGUUGAUCUUUGCUCUACUAUGCUAGGAAACAUUACAAUCAUGUACUUGACAGCUACGGCGAACGAGAUCACUCUAUCAUAGGCAUUGUGCGUCUACGGCGGUG